AUGGAAAUAAAACAAGUUUUUAACAUGGUUAUUACCCUGGAAGGCCCACUGGGAUUUCGGUGUCUGCUGCUCUCGCUUCUGCUCCUCGUAGCCUCGGAAGAGGGCAGCUGCCAGGUUCAGUACUCGGUCCCGGAGGAGGCUAAACACGGCACCUUCGUAGGCCGCAUCGCGCAGGACCUGGGCCUUGAGCUGGCGGAACUGGUGCCGCGCCUUUUCAGAGUGGAGUCCAAAGGUCGCAGGGAUCUUCUGGAGGUAAAUCUGCAGAAUGGCAUUUUGUUUGUGAAUUCUCGGAUCGACCGGGAGGAGCUGUGUGGGCGGAGCACAGAGUGCAGCAUCCACCUGGAGGUAAUCGUGGACAGGCCGCUGCAGGUUUUCCAUGUGGAAGUGGAGGUGAAGGACAUUAAUGACAACCCGCCUGUGUUUCCUUUAAAGGAACAAAGAGUGCUGAUUUACGAAUCAAGGCUGCCAGAUUCUCUGUUUCCACUAGAGGGCGCAUCAGAUGCGGAUGUUGGGUCAAAUUCUGUCUUAACCUAUAGACUCAGUUUCAGCGAAUACUUCGCCCUAGAUGUGAAAACAAACAGUGAUGACAAUACACAAAUUGGGCUCGUGUUAAGGAAAUCCUUGGACAGAGAGGAAGCACCCGAGCAUAACUUAUUUCUGACAGCCACUGACGAAGGCAAACCUGAACUCACAGGCACUGCUCAGGUGCUGGUCACUGUGCUGGACGUGAAUGACAAUGCUCCCAGUUUCGAACAGACUGAAUAUGAAGUAAGAAUACUUGAAAACUCGGGCAAUGGAACAAUAGUAAUCAGACUUAAUGCUUCUGAUCGGGAUGAAGGAGUGAAUGGGGAGAUUUCAUACUCUUUUAAUAGUCUUGUUCCAACCAUGGUUAGCGACCAGUUUAAAAUAGAUCCAAAUACUGGAGAAAUAGCAAUUAGAGGGAAUUUAGAUUUUGAGAAUGUAAAUUUAUACAAAAUUCGUAUUGACGCGACGGACAAAGGCCACCCACCCAUGGCUGGUCAUUGUACCGUUUUAUUGAAGGUUUUGGAUAAAAAUGAUAAUGUCCCUCAGAUUACAUUGACUUCCUUAUCCUUGCCUGUCCGAGAGGACGCUCAGUUAGGUACUGUAAUUGCCCUAAUUAGUGUGUCAGAUCUCGACUCAGGUGCCAACGGCCAAGUGACCUGCUAUCUGACACCCCAUGUUCCCUUCAAGCUGGUGUCCACCUUCAAGAACUACUAUUCGCUGGUUGUGGACAGCGCCCUGGACCGCGAGAGCGUGUCGGACUAUACUCUAGUAGUGACCGCGCGGGACGGAGGCUCGCCUUCGCUGUGGGCCACGGCCAGCGUGUCCGUGGAGGUGGCCGACGUGAACGACAACGCGCCCGCGCUGCUGCCGCUGCCUGGGGCGGGCGGCGGCGCGGGCGCGGUGAGCGAGCUGGUGUGGCGGUCGGUGGGCGCGGGCCACGUGGUGGCGAAGGUGCGCGCGGUGGACGCGGACUCUGGCUACAACGCGUGGCUGUCGUACGAGCUGCAGCCGGCGGCGGGGGGCGCGCGCAGCCCGUUCCGCGUGGCGCUGUACACGGGCGAGAUCAGCACGACGCGCAGCCUGGACGAGGCGGACUCGCCGCGCCAGCGCCUGCUGGUGCUGGUCAAGGACCACGGCGAGCCGGCGCUGACGGCCACGGCCACCGUGCUGCUGUCGCUGGUGGAGAGCGGCCAGGCGCCCAAGGCGUCGUCGCGGGCGUUGGCGGGCGCGGCGGGCGCGGAGGCGGCGCUGGUGGACGUCAACGUGUACCUGAUCGUCGCCAUCUGCGCCGUGUCCAGCCUGUUGGUGCUCACGCUGCUGCUGUACACGGCGCUGCGGUGCUCGGCGCCGCCCACGGGGGGCGCGUGCGCGCCUGGGAAGCCCACGCUGGUGUGUUCCAGCGCGGUGGGGAGCUGGUCGUACUCGCAGCAGAGGCGGCAGAGGGUGUGCUCUGGGGAGGGCGCGCCCAAGACCGACCUCAUGGCCUUUAGCCCUAGCCAUCCACCCUGUCCAUUAGUGGGUGAUAUGAGCCAGCAUCAGGAUUUAAAUGAUGAUCAUUGUGCCAAGGUAAGCCUGAAUUUUCAUACUUAA